GGGCAGCUCAACUUCUGAGAGGCUGCGCUGUGAGUGUGGGCGCGCAGAUGCAGACGCGGCUCCCAGCUCUCCAGCGACUCUCAGGAAAAGGACUCUGAAAAGACCCCGAGUGAAUCCUACGGCUAAAGGGAAAGCCACAAAAACGAACUGCAGACUGGUCAGCCGAGAGUGAGCUUGCAGUAGCGCCAGCUUCUAAAGAAAUGAUGAGCAAAGCUGAACCUAGAAGAGACCAACAACUCCUUUGCAAGCUCUGCAGCUUCUGACCCCGUUCACAGCAGGCGCCAACUGCAGCCUCCCAACUUCUACAGGCAGACAGGCUGGGAGAAAAACCACUCCGGGCUUCCCUGACCUAGGAGGUUGGACCACUUCAAGGAGGAUUCGAAUCCAGCGGCUGCAGGAAGAUGAACUCCACCCACCACCACGGCAUGUAUACUUCCCUCCACCUCUGGAACCGCAGCAGCCACGGGCUGCACGGCAAUGCCAGCGAGUCUCUGGGGAAGGGGCACUCAGACGGAGGAUGCUAUGAGCAACUUUUUGUCUCCCCCGAGGUGUUUGUGACUCUGGGUGUCAUAAGCCUGUUGGAGAACAUUCUAGUGAUCGUGGCGAUAGCCAAGAACAAGAACCUGCACUCACCCAUGUACUUUUUCAUCUGUAGUCUGGCUGUGGCGGACAUGCUGGUGAGCGUUUCGAACGGGUCAGAAACCAUCGUCAUCACCCUGCUAAACAGUACGGACACGGACGCCCAGAGCUUCACCGUGAAUAUUGAUAAUGUCAUUGACUCUGUGAUCUGUAGCUCCUUGCUCGCAUCCAUUUGCAGCCUGCUUUCCAUUGCAGUGGACAGGUAUUUCACCAUCUUUUACGCGCUCCAGUACCAUAACAUUAUGACGGUUAGGCGGGUCGGGAUCAUCAUCAGUUGUAUCUGGGCAGCUUGCACAGUCUCGGGCGUUCUUUUUAUCAUUUACUCGGACAGCAGCGCUGUCAUCAUCUGCCUCAUUACCAUGUUCUUCACCAUGCUGGUUCUCAUGGCCUCUCUCUAUGUCCACAUGUUCCUGAUGGCGAGGCUUCACAUUAAGAGGAUCGCUGUCCUCCCGGGCACGGGUACCAUCCGUCAGGGUGCCAACAUGAAGGGUGCAAUUACCUUGACCAUCCUGAUUGGAGUGUUCGUUGUCUGCUGGGCCCCGUUUUUCCUCCACUUACUGUUCUACAUCUCGUGUCCUCAGAAUCCAUACUGCGUGUGCUUCAUGUCUCAUUUUAACUUGUAUCUCAUCCUGAUCAUGUGUAACGCUGUCAUCGACCCUCUCAUUUAUGCCCUGCGGAGUCAAGAACUGAGGAAAACCUUCAAAGAGAUCAUCUGUUUCUACCCCCUGGGAGGCAUCUGUGAGUUGCCGGGCAGGUAUUAAGUGGGGACAGAAUGCAUACUAGGUAGAGACCUGCAGAAUUUGUCACUCAGGCUCAACCCGAGCAGUGUACUUCCCAACAGCUGCCUCUACUGUAUAGUGCUUUGGUUGGAAAAUAUCUACUGUAUAAAAUGUAAGUUUAUGACUUUUGACGUGGGAAAAAAGUCUCAACGUGUUAUGUUUAUUGACGUUACUUUUUUUUGUGUGUAAACUGCUUAUUUAUGUUCUACAGCGUGGGCACUAUGGAGUUCCAUGAAAGAAAAAGACAUCCUUAUUAAAACUUUGACAGUGUUUCUUUCCAUGUUAUUUAUCAAGAGUCAACCCUUGUUCUCUCUGUGGUAGCAGAAAUCAGAGCCUUCUGAAACAUGUUCUCAGCUGUUUUCAUUGUGUCACCCCCACAGCACAGCAGAAGCCUGAUUCCACUGUUUAUGGGGAAAUAUUUAAACACUGGAUGCUCGAUCAUUUAAUGAGUCAGCUCUACUCGUGAAAUUUCAAGUAACUGAAUAAACGCUUACCUAUUAUCCUUUCUGUUCAAA